AUGCGAAAAGAAAGACCCCUUUUCGUUGCAAUGCAAGUCGUUGUACAGUUGCCAAACAACAACAUGUGCAAACUGAUUGACCAUGGCCGCUUGCUAUUUCUUGGCCAGGUGACCGAUGUAGCUGUUCUCGAGGGUCAAGUUGAGGAGGGAAUUCGGGCUGCCAUUCCUUUGUGGCUUUCAGCCCCUUCACCAGUGAGCAGAAAAGCAGAGCUUCCGUUUGAAGAUACUGACCUUUCUGAGCUGAUGUUGUGGGACUUGCCGCCCAUCCCCUUCGGUCAGCUUCCUGCCUGCGAGCCAGGCCUGCCGGGCCGAUGGCAAAUUCCUCGGAAAGUACCAGCAGGACGUUGGGUACAGGGCCGUCCAUUGGGUGACUUUGAUCGCUCAAACGUUCAACUCAAUGAACUUGUUUCUGUGGGCUUAUUGCCGUUGCAUCCUUGCACUGCACGGUUGCCUUUAGCGGCUCCCGUGGCCCGAUCUCUGCCAGAGUCUUCGGAAACCUAUGCAGCUGGUGCACCGUGCACCUGGGUUCAGCGGGCACAUAGGCUCCUUCCUGCUGACAUGAAGUCCUUGCUGGUGGUUUGGGUGGGUGCUUCAGUAGAGAUGGCACGCAGCAGUGGCCGUGGCUGCCGUCUCCGGCAAGAGGGUAUCCCCACAGUCUUGGCCUUUACUGGGCCAAAGGAUGCUGCACAGCAGAGACAGGAGAUCCUGAAACGUCGUGAUCAAGUGCUCGGAUUGUAG